AUGUACUCUCUCACUCUGCUUAGUUUACUCCUUGUCUCAGUUCUCACUGCUGAGGCCCUCCCAACUACUACUACUACCGCUGAUGGAUUGAACUACACUUUUCCUGCCGGUGCUCACUGGCCUGAUCCCCUUCCUAUUACUGUCAACAACUACUCCUACAUCCAUGAUCCCAGCAUGAUCAAGCGUCAGUCUGAUGGAAAAUAUUUCCUGUUUAGCUCUGGCAAUUCAGUGGGAAUUCUUUCCACCGAUUCGCUCUCAGGACCAUAUGCAUUGGUGGGCUCUCUACUUUCGAACAGCGUAGCUCCCCCAGGCGAGGCUUGGGCACCGGAUGCGCAUUAUGAGAACAAUCAAUUUUAUUGCUACUAUGCUAUCUCCACUUCCGGGUCCCAGAACUCAACCAUCGGCGUCGCUACUAGCGAUUCCAUGGAUCCGGGAACCUGGACGAAUCAAGGCAAAGUCUUGAGCUCUAACACAAAUGAUACCUACAACGCAAUUGACCCAAAUCUGUUUUUCGACGGAAACAACACACCGUAUCUCUCAUUCGGCUCUUCUUGGGACGACAUUUUUCAGAUACAGCUCACUUCCAACCUAUCGGCAACGGCCGGCUCUCCGAAGCAAGUAGCCCACAACGCGACCAAGAACCCAGAGAUUGAAGAAGGUUCUUUCGUCUGGAAGAACGGCAACUUUUACUACCUCUUCUUCUCCGCUGGUGACUGUUGUACGUUUUCAGCUAGUAAUCUGCCUGCACCCGGGGGAGAGUAUCAUGUUGUCGUUGGCCGAUCAGAAUCUGCCCACGGGCCGUUCAUUGAUCAGGCAGGUGUACCGCUACUUCAAACCGGCGGAACGACCAUUCUGGGCUCCCAUGGACGCGUGUAUGCGCCUGGUGGAGAAUCUAUCUUCACCGACACGUAUUAUAACAGCUCAACAUCAAGUUGGCAAGAACGUGAUAUUUUCGUGUAUCACUAUGUACCCGCAGACGGCCCCCACCCGUAUAAUACAAGCUAUGCGGACUUGGGGCUGAACGGGAUCGACUGGAGCACAGGUUGGCCCGUCCUAACGGAGCUACAGGUGUAG